AUGUCCAAGUUGACCUUCGCACUCUUUGCUCUCGUUGUUGCUAUUGUUGGAUGUAGUGCUCAACCCAUUGAAGAUCUUACCACUAUGCAACCCAAAAACGAACAAGAAGAAGCCGUCACUGAAGAGAUCGAAGGGACAGAGGCUCCUGGAAGUGAAAAAGAUGAUGAGGAAGACGAAAGCGAUGAGGAGAGUGAGUCCAAAGACAAAAAUGACAAAGAGGACAAAGAUGAGGAAGAAGACAAAGAUGUGAAAGAAAGCAACAAUGAGGAAGAGGACAAAGAUGAAGAAGGAGGCAAAGAUAUGCAAGAAAACAAAGAUGGGGAAGAAGGCAAAGAUAAGCAAGAAAACAAAGACGAGGAAGAAGACAAAGAUGUUCAAGAAAGCAACUAUGAGGAAGAAGACAAAGAUAAAGAAGGAGGCAAAGAUAUGCAAGAAAAUAAAGGUGAAGAAGGAGGCAAGGAUAUGCAAGAAAACAAAGAUGAGGGAGAAGGCAAAGAUGAGGAACAGAUUUAG